AUGGAAGGCCUCUUCACUCUGCUCAUCUUGAGCAUGGUGAUGGCUGUGACAUCCUUCAUUGUCGGUGCCUUGCCGCUCAGUUUUACAUUAUCCCCGUCGCAGUCACGAUUCAUCUCGUCCUUGGGAAUGGGGGUGCUUGUCGGCACAGCACUCGUCAUUAUCAUCCCCGAAGGCGUGGAAACACUAUACAGCUCUCAGAACUACGGCUCGCAGGCGAGCCUUCAAACGCGUGAGCUGAACUUAAGAUGGCAGCACCAAAACACCCCGGCUGCUGCUAUUCUCCCGAAAGCCGUUCCAGAAAUCGAUGCCCUGCCUGGCCCUGUCAUCACCGAUAUUCUGCCGGAAGACUCAAGCGCGGGCGGUGCAGCAACAGAACCACCCAGAACUCCAACAAAGCCGGGAGAAGUCCAUGCGCUGGAUGUCGAUGGAGACACUACCGACUCUCACGAGCAUGACGACGAGAACAGCGCGCUUCAUGCGUGGAUUGGCAUAUCCCUUGUGAGCGGCUUCAUUCUUAUGUAUUUGAUAGACAAAUUGCCCACUCUUUCCACCCCACCGAAAACAAGACGGCCGCCGUAUCAUAUUUCGCUGGACAACUUGGGGGGAUCUGGUUUGCGGAGGAACUCUUCUUCAAGUCGGGAAGGAGGCGGCCUACUCGAGCAGGAUGGCCAUGCUCCCCGUGCCCAUAGUUUCGCCAUGACUACGGGUCUGGUAAUCCAUGCCGCUGCAGAUGGUAUCGCUCUGGGGGCUUCUGGGUCCGAUUCCAGCUUGAGCUUCAUCAUAUUUCUCGCGCUCCUUGUCCAUAAAGCGCCGGCUGCAUUCGGCUUGACGUCAGUGCUACUUAAGCAGGGACUGUCCAGUCGAGCAGCUGGUCGCCAUCUGCUAGUUUUCAGUCUGGCUGCGCCGGCUGGAGCUAUUCUGACUUUUAUUCUUGUGCACACUCUCGGAUCGGGCUUCGGAAGCGACGAGGCGUCGACUCGCUGGCGCACCGGCGUCUUGCUUUUGUUUUCGGCUGGCACAUUCCUGUACGUAGCGAUGCACACCAUACAGGACUCGUCAUCUCGCGACCAUGCCUCUCAUACAAACGGCUACGCGGACUCCCGGGACUCUCAGAAGCCGAAAGGCUCAGUUCAGGAUUUGGCGGUUUCGAUCGUCGGCAUGAUUCUACCAUUGUUCUUGCAGAUUGGGCAUGCACAUUAA